UUACACCACAUGAAACAAUUAGAAUAGAAUGGCCUAUCGUUGAGACCUUCUUGGAGCCAACCAUGAUGUUUAUAUGCCAUCUAAACCGUUCAAAAGGUUAGUACAACUCAGAUAAACUGUAGGUAUAGUUAUUUUCUCACCACAAAACUUCUGUGGCCCCCACAAAUUGUUCAACGGUAGACAUUCAAUUCCUGCUGUUUUGUGUGGUGUGGCUUAUCUGAGUUGAGUUCUGUAUAUGACUCAUUUGGGAGUUCUUCACUAUCGUGGUAUUGUGAAACUGAUGGACUGUGUCGAUUUUUCACGGUCAUCUAUGUAGGCCCCACAUAGUUUCCGACCACAUGAACUACAUGUUGGCUGUUGCACCCCUUCUCUCAAAAAUCUUCGAUUUCGGAGAAUGUUGUCGAGAAGAGCCGCCGCUGCCACUGCUCGAAGGGGUAAAACUCUUUCCUCUUCAUCUUCUAUUAAAAUUACCAUUUCUGCCCCUGAUUCUAAAAUCAUAAAAAACAAGAUCCCUACUCCCACCAAAUUCAACCAUUUGGUGAAUGAUCUAUCCAAUUCGAUCCGAGCCGGUGCUUUUGUGAGGUUAGAGGAUGCAGUCGGCCUCUUUGACCGUAUGCUCCGCUCGCAGCCGCUGCCUUCCGUCCAGACCUUCAAUCACCUGUUAUCUACGGUUGCUAGAAUGAGACACUAUUCAACCGUGAUUUCUUUUCAUCGAGAGAUGAAUUGGUUAGGGAUCCCAUCCGAUAUCUAUACAUGGAACAUUCUUCUCAAUUGUUUCUGCCGCUUGAAUGGCGUCGUUUUCGGUUUCGCUGUUCUCAGCAACAUCCUGAAACGUGGCCAUGAGCCAGAUGCUGCAACUCUGGCUACUUUUAUUAAGGGGUUUUGUAUGGAAGGGCGGAUUGGGGAAGCGAGUAGUUUCUUUCUAAAGAUAGUAGAAAUGAGAUAUCCUUAUGAUGUGGUGACAUUUGGGAUACUUAUCGAUGGUCUUUGCAAGUUGGGGAAUAACGGAAUGGCGCUUGGGUUGCUCCGGGAAAUGGAGAAGGGUGCGGGUAAAUGUAGGCCUAACCUUAUGGUUUAUACCUCAAUCAUCGACAGUCUAUGCAAAGAUGGGCUCACAAAGGAGGCCCUUAACCUCUUCUCAGAAAUGGUUGGUAAAGGGAUUCGGCCGGAUGUUUUCACUUACAGUUCUUUAAUUCAUGGACUAUGCAAUUUAGGGCAGUGGAAAGAAGCAGUGAUUUUGUUCGAGGAAAUGUUGGAUGGAGGAAUCUCUCCUAAUGUGACAACCUUCAGCAUACUGGUGAAUGCUCUUUGCAAGGAAGGAAUGAUUAAAGAAGCCCAUGGAUUACUGGAAUUGAUGACCCAAAGAGGUGAGGAGCCUAAUGUAAUCACGUACAAUGCAUUGAUGGAUGGCUACUGUUUUACUGGCCAAAUGGAUGCUGCCUUAAAGAUAUUUGAUAACAUGGUGUCUAAAGGCCAUAAGCCUAGUGUUGUGACUUGCAACAUCUUAAUCGAUGGAUAUUGCAAGAAUCAGAUGGUGGACGAGGCUAUGCAGCUUUUCCGAGAAAUGCCUUGCAAGGGAUUGGAGCAUAAUGUUGUUACUUACAGUACUCUUAUAUGUGGGUUGUGCCAGGUACAGAGAGUUGUGGCUGCACAAGAGCUCUUCAAUGAGAUGCAAACUCAUGGACAAUGUCCGAAUGUCGUCACAUACACCAUUUUGAUGGACGGGCUGUGUAAAAAUGAGCGUCCUGUUGAGGCAAUGAAACUACUCAAUGAGAUGGAAAUUAGAGGAAUUAAACCUAAUAAUGCAGUGUUCGAUGUCCUUAUCAAUGGGAUGUGCGAAGCUAAGGAACUCAAAUAUGUGAAGGAGCUUUUCAGUUGGGCCUCUGCCAAGGGCUUGGGGAAUAAUGUUAGAACAUAUAACACGUUAAUCAAUGGGCUCUGUAAAGAAGGGCUUAUGGAGGAAGCUAAUGGAUUGUUCUUGCAAAUGGAAGAGAAGGGUUGCCAACCAGACAGUGUCACCUUCAAUGCUUUAAUUAGGGGUUUUCUACAAAACAAUGAGACCGUCAAGGGAAUGCAACUUCUUGGUGAAAUGGCUAAAAGACAUUUUUCUGUGGAUGCAUCCACUACAUCUAUGUUAGUGGGCUUGCUCAUAGAGGGGGAAAAAGGUCAAGAAUACCUUGGAAUGCUUAAUAAAUUUGUCCCCUAGGGCGAAGGAGAGGUGAUUUGUUGAACACCAAUUGAACAUCAGCUCAUUUUACAUGCUGUAAUGAAUGUUGCUGCUGGUCGUCUGGUAUCUUCUUCAGAGCUUUCCUACAUGUUGGACUUUGUAACAAUAUCUAUAUGCAUCUUCCAAUAUCUUCUUGAAACCUUUCCUGCAAGCGACAUUGUGUGAAGACAUCUAAAUGGUCAAUGAGAACUGCACAAGUUGCUUCAUUCCAAAUUUAGGCAAUAUUCCGUGAAAUAACCCAAUUACUAAUUCAUUAGUUUUCUAGCUCUAAUUUGUAGAUUUUUUAGACAAAUUUAUUAGGAUAUUUCCUUUUUUAAAAAAAAAAAAAACAUUUUUGUUGGUGGCCUCA